AUGAAACAAGAUGUGUUCAAGAAAUUCACCAACAAAGAUGGAAAGUUCAAGGAAACUCUUACCAAAGAUGUACAAGGAUUAUUAAGUUUGUAUGAAGCAGCACAUCUAAGAGUACAUGGGGAAGAAAUUCUUGAACAAGGUCUGAAUUUUACCAUCUCUCAUUUAAAGUCCAUGGCCCCUAAAUUGAGCAACUCACUCAAGUCUCAAAUUAGUGAAGCCUUAAGUCAGCCCGUUCAUAUUAAUCUACCAAGAUUUGGAGCAAAGACAUACAUGUCUCUGUAUGAGAACGAUGAAUCACAUAAUGAUUUGCUUUUGAAAUUUGCAAAAUUGGAUUUUAACAUUGUGCAAAAGGUGUACCAAAGCGAGCUUUACGAGCUUACAAGGUACUGGUGGAAAGAUCUGGAUUAUGCAAACAAAUUUCCAUAUGCAAGAGACAGAUUGGUGGAGUGUUACUAUGGGGCAGUGGGAGUGUUAUUUGAGCCUCAAUAUAGUCGUACGAGAAAAAUUUUAGGAAAAUUAAUCAAUAUCAUAACCAUGGUUGAUGAUACUUUUGAUGCUUAUGCAACCUUUGACGAAAUUGUGGCUUUCACGGAUGCGAUGCAGAGAUUGGACAUUAGUGCCAUUGAUUCAGUACCGGUCAAUUUGAGACCCUCUUAUCAAGUCUUAGUAGAUUUUUUCAAUGAAAUAGGACAAGAACUGGCAAAAGAAGGUAAAGCAGAUCGUGUCUACUAUGCAAAAUUUGAGAUGAAAAAGUGGAUCAGAGCCUAUUUCAAGGAAGCCCAAUGGUUGAAUGCUGGCUAUAUUCCAAAAUGUGAUGAGUAUUUGGAAAACGGAAGUGUAAGUGUUGGCAUUACGCUGAUUGCAGUAACUUCUUUGGUUUGUUUGGAGGAACUUAUAACCAAAGAAACUUUAGAAUGGGUGAUAAAUGAUCCUUUGAUUCUUCGAACUUCUGGAGUAAUAAGCAGAUUAAAGGACGACAUUAUUGGACACGUUUUUGAGCAAAAAAGAGGACAUGUAGCUUCAUUCAUUGAAUGCUACAUGAAAGAAUAUGGAGCUUCAAAGCAAGAAGCAUAUGCUGCGGCUGAAAAGGAAAUGGCUAAUGCAUGGAAAGAUAUAAACACGGAAUUCCUCCGCCCUUCUCAAGUAUCAAUGUUUGGCCUCGAACAAAUUAUAAAUCCUACGCGCCUGGUAAUUGGUUUCCAGGAGAAUGAUUUUAUAAAUACUCAAGGCGAAUAUAAAGACAAAAUCACCUCGUUGCUUGUUGACUCCGUGAAAAUAUGA